UCUUUGCGAACUUCCUUGAUUCUCCAUGCGGAAGUUACAAGUUAGAUAACAACAAAACUCAUACCUGGAACUGAAGUAAGAUCUCCCUUUGAAGGUUAACAUUUAUCUCCGAAGUAACUGUGAUUAUGGUUAAUAUCGGACUUACGAAAGUAGAUGACGCACUUGUAGCAAAGCAUCCGGGUUUGCAACGGUAUGCUGCCUGUCAGUCGCAUGCCUUCAUGAAAGGAGUCGGUACUGUUUUUGUAGGCACGGGUGGAUUGUUUCUCAUUCAACGAGCUCUGCAAACACGACUCCCAUACCCACUGCAGUGGAACCUGUUAGUGUCAAUAGUGUCCGCUUCCGUUGGAAGCUAUGCAAUAACGCGCUGGGAGACACAGAAAUGCACAGACUACUGGUACUACCUUGAGAAAGGGAGCUACCCAGACAAAACUGUUCCACAGGAAGAACCCCCUGCUGCUCCUGCUGCUCCUGCCGCUCCUGCUGGCCCGAAGGUUACUGUGUAUGGGGACAGGAUGGAGUAACCGCAGUGACCUUGUAGACACCAGAAGACUGUACUUUGAAGCAAGCUUACUGGCUUAUCUAGGUAACUGCUGGAGUAGCUUAGCCAAUGAGCUCAAAACAAAACAAAUUUCACUUUUGAAACCACAGAUACACUGUCCAGUGUUCUUUUUAGAGAUCGGUGGUUGCUCAUAGUAAAUAAACAAAGUAUUAAAAUGUGUAUUUAUUUGACGUGUUUGAGCUGUUUCUCUGUACAGUUAUAGCUUUAAUAAAUGUGCCAUUUGUAACAUCCAGGUUUUAAUUCAUGUUUAUGUGGUCUUAGUCAAACCACUCACAAGCACUCUCACAUUUGAGCCUUCCAAAAGUUGUGUUUUAGCUGUAACAUAUUAAAACACUGUCAUGCUUGUGUGUGUAUGUGAGAGCGAGAGAGCAAAAUCCUGGAUGAUCGCCUUAAUAGACACAUCGCGAUUAGUAGAAAUUAGAUAACUUCACUGGAAAUGUGAAAGGGGAUUUUCUCUGUGUAUACUGGAUUUUCAACCUUUGCAACCUUUGCAAGCUGUAGGUCUUGAAAAUAUUUAAUUCCGCCUCCCACUGGCCUCCUGUAUCUUUUCUAAAUUAUGGAUUUUUUUUUUGUUUGAGGCAGAGAUUUAGCUAUAGUCAUCCAUUUGCUGCAUUUGUCGUGUGUAGAUUACAGUGUAAUCUAUGUAAUAGCAUAUAUCAAUUUUAUGAAAUAAAUUGUGAUAUACAUUUUGUUA